AUGGCGUCCCGGGCCCGCGCGCUGGCCCGCUGCCUGCUGCACCUGGGUGUGUGCGAGGAGACGCUGGCGGCCCACAGGGCGCGCCUGGGCGAGCUGAAGGGCCUGGUGUGCGAGGAGACGCUGGCGGCCCACAGGGCGCGCCUGGGCGAGCUGAAGGGCCUGGUGGCCCAGAUAGCGGGCGACGUGUGCGAGGAGACGCUGGCGGCCCACAGGGCGCGCCUGGACGAGCUGAAGGGCCUGGUGGCCCAGGUGUGCGAGGAGACGCUGGCGGCCCACAGGGCGCGCCUGGGCGAGCUGAAGGGCCUGGUGGCCCAGGUGUGCGAGGAGACGCUGGCGGCCCACAGGGCCCGCCUGGGCGAGCUGAAGGGCCUGGUGUGCGAGGAGACGCUGGCGGCCCACAGGGCGCGCCUGGGCGAGCUGAAGGGCCUGGUGUGCGAGGAGACGCUGGCGGCCCACAGGGCGCGCCUGGGCGAGCUGAAGGGCCUGGUGGCCCAGAUAGCGGGCGACGUGUGCGAGGAGAUGCUGGCGGCCCACAGGGCGCGCCUGGACGAGCUGAAGGGCCUGGUGGCCCAGGUGUGCGAGGAGACGCUGGCGGCCCACAGGGCCCGCCUGGGCGAGCUGAAGGGCCUGGUGGCCCAGGUGUGCAAGGAGACGCUGGCGGCCCACAGGGCCCGCCUGGGCGAGCUGAAGGGCCUGGUGGCCCAGGUGUGCGAGGAGACGCUGGCGGCCCACAGGGCCCGCCUGGGCGAGCUGAAGGGCCUGGUGGCCCAGGUGUGCGAGGAGACGCUGGCGGCCCACAGGGCCCGCCUGGGCGAGCUGAAGGGCCUGGUGGCCCAGGUGUGCGAGGAGACGCUGGCGGCCCACAGGGCCCGCCUGGGCGAGCUGAAGGGCCUGGUGGCCCAGGUGUGCGAGGAGACGCUGGCGGCCCUCAGGGCCCGCCUGGGCGAGCUGAAGGGCCUGGUGGCCCAGGUGUGCGAGGAGACGCUGGCGGCCCACAGGGCCCGCCUGGGCGAGCUGAAGGGCCUGGUGGCCCAGGUGUGCGAGGAGACGCUGGCGGCCCACAGGGCCCGCCUGGGCGAGCUGAAGGGCCUGGUGGCCCAGGUGUGCGAGGAGACGCUGGCGGCCCACAGGGCCCGCCUGGGCGAGCUGAAGGGCCUGGUGGCCCAGGUGUGCGAGGAGACGCUGGCGGCCCACAGGGCCCGCCUGGGCGAGCUGAAGGGCCUGGUGGCCCAGGUGUGCGAGGAGACGCUGGCGGCCCACAGGGCCCGCCUGGGCGAGCUGAAGGGCCUGGUGGCCCAGGUGUGCGAGGAGACGCUGGCGGCCCACAGGGCCCGCCUGGGCGAGCUGAAGGGCCUGGUGGCCCAGAUAGCGGCCGACGUGGGCGCGGGGGCGGGCGAGGCGCUGGGCCAGGAGGUGGAUGCCCUGGGCAGGAAGCUGGAGGAUGUGCGAGAGUGCCUCUCCUCGCUGGCCGACGUCGCGGAGGCGCGCGUGGCCGGCCGGGAACUGUGCUCCGAGGAGCUGCUGCGCACCAAGACCUUCCUGGCCGGCGUGCAGCAGAGCCUGUCCACGGUGGAAAAGUCCAAUGAGGACUCUGAGAACCAGCUGGCGGCUCUGAGAAGUCACCUGCUGUCACUGGGAAAGACAGAAAGCCAUUUGCAGUCCCUGAAGGAGAAAGCCUUGGAGCUCAGGCCCGUGAAGCCAGAGACAUCUGUUGUUGAGAUUCUCCAGCUGUGGCAGCAGGUGUUCCGAGAGACGUUCCAGCAGUACCACCGCCUGUCUGCACGGCUCGUCAAGGGACAGGAUGGGGCCGCAGCGCUGCGUCUGUGGCAGGAGUACCUGUUCCACGUGCAGUCGUUCCUGUCUGGCUCCAUCCCGGAGGACUACCACAGCCUGGCGGAGCACCAGCAUCUGUGCGAGCGCUUCGCCCGUUGCCAAGCCACCAGUGCAGGAUACUGCAUCAAGAUUGCUUGA